GACAUGCUUCCACAGCGCCUCGGUCUUUUCCGGUCAUCCCGUAACGUGCGUGAGGAUGAAGCAAAUCGUAACAAAUCAAACUGUGAAAAUACCUGAGGGAUUGACUGUUACAGUCAAAUCCCGAUUGGUUACUGUUAAAGGACCAAGGGGUGUUUUAAAACGUUCUUUUAAACAUCUUGCACUUGAUAUUCGUAUGGUAAGUCCAAGGUUACUGAAAGUGGAGAAAUGGUUUGGAAAAAAAGAAUUAGCUGCUGUUCGCACAGUUUGCUCUCACAUUGAAAACAUGUUGAAAGGAGUGACUAGAGGGUACCAAUACAAAAUGCGAGCUGUAUAUGCUCACUUUCCCAUUAACUGUGUUACAACUGAAAACAACACAGUUAUUGAAAUUCGUAACUUUUUGGGUGAAAAAUACAUCCGACGUGUAAAAAUGGCACCUGGUGUGACCGUCACAAAUUCAGCCAAGCAAAAGGAUGAACUGAUAAUAGAAGGAAAUUCCUUAGAGGAUGUCUCUAGAUCUGCUGCGCUUAUACAGCAGUCUACAACAGUAAAGAACAAGGAUAUUAGAAAGUUCUUAGACGGUCUCUAUGUAUCUGAAAAAACAACAGUUGUACAAGAUGAUGAAUAAAUAUUAUUUACAAUGUGAA